AUGAGGCGUUCUCUCUGCCUGAAGCUGCGCGUGCGCGUUCUAUUUGCAAAUGAAAGUCCGGCAGUCCGGGUUGGCGCUAAGUCCGUUUGCAGCAGCAGCAGCAACAGUGGCAGCAUCAGAGGCAGCAGCGGCAGCAGCAGGAAGAUCUACAGCCCGAAGCGAAGCUGCGUCUCCAACAACAGCAGCAGCUGCAGUGGCGAGGGCUUGAAGACGGAAAUUCUGCUUCCUCACUCUUCAGCCGCUGUACGGCAACCAGAAGGCGACGACGCCACUGCGGCUCUCCCGGUGACUCCUGCGAUCUUUGAUACUCGCAGCAGAAGCAGCAGCUUAAAAGGCAGCAGCAGUGGCAGCAGCUGUAGCAGCAGGAAAAGCAGUAGCCGCCGCAGCAGCCGCGGCAGCUGCAGCAGCGUCCGCAGCUUUAUGAGCUCCACGCUUUGCAACAGAGGCAGCAGCACAAACAGCCCCCACUCCCGAGCUUCCGCCACCAUUAGAAAUACAGGAGCAAGCGCAAGGAUGGGCACAGGGCCCCUUUGCACUGCAGCCCCUGCAGGAGGGAAGCGGGAGGAGACGCGGCUCUCCCGGCUCCUGAGCAGGAUCUUUGCUGCUACAGCGAACAGCAGCAGCAGGAGGGCCUGCCAGCAGCAGCUACUACUACCUUGUUUGAUUGGCGACCCUUUCGUCUGUCUGAAUGUUGACAGGAGGGUUGGUGUUGCUGCUGGCACUUUACUGGGGCGGCUCUCGCUCUUUUACUCGCCUGCUACCGCCUCCCAGCAGCAGCAACAGCAGCAGGAUGAACAGCAGGAAGGCCUUAUAAGAGGGGAGGUGCUGCUGCCUCAGGCAUACAGCGACGACGGCGUGGCGAUGUGCUGGACAGACACCACGUACCUCACGGCAGUGAUAGGAGCAGCAGAUCUGGUGCAGUGGAAGCUGCCGUCGCUGCGGUGUAUGGGGAGCGAGCAGCUGUCCUUGUUUGCCAGUCGCAGCGCCUUCAACUCUGUAACGAUGAAUAUGAGGCUGCUGCGGCGGUGCCGCGAGUCGGGGCAGCUGCUGCUGCUGUACAAACACUGCAGCAGCGACCUCGCCGCAAUGAUACUGUUCAAGCUUCAGCAUCAGCCAAGUUCUCAAGAUGACUCAACAUCCUCUCCUGCACCCCUGAGCGAAGAGAGGAAACAGCUACAAAAGGCAUGGGCAUGCGCUCUGGCAGCAGGCGUAUGCACACUCGACGAGCAGCAGCAGCAGCAACAGUUGCAGCUCACUCCCACACAUAGCGCCUGUCUCCUCGGCACGGGCGCCGCCUGCAUAAUGGACCUGAAGGAGGGCAAUUUGUAUGAGCGGUACGAGGCGCAGUACUUCUGCAGAUUAUGGCGGAGUGUAGAGGCGGCAAAUCUGACGGCUUUGGACUUCAACGGUGACUUCGUGCUCUGCUGCAGCAGCGACGCAUCAGCAAAUACGCGCUGGUUGUUGGUUGUUGAUGCACGGGGCGCCUCUAGACUUGUUGAGGAGAGUCAUGGUUGGUGUGCUGCUCGUCGCAGUUACAUGGAAGAGUUUUUGGUUCAUCGGCAGGCAGCGCCUCGGCAUCUCCAUCAGGCAUGUUUUUCCUCUCGUUUCUUCUUGGUAGUUGCUGGCGACAAAGCCAUUGCUGUCUUUGACUUGCGCUUGUCUUUCUUUAAAUACUACGCCUCCCGCGCGCGCGCCCUGGGGCUCUGCAGCAGCAAAUCCGCAGCAGCAGCGGAGGCAGCAGCAGCUGCCUUCAGCUGCUGUGCAGGCACUUGCGAUAAUUACAAGGGCACGGACUCUCAGCAGCAGCAACAUUCUGCAGCAGCAUCUGGCUCCGGCUCAACCUCUCGGCUGUUGAGGAGGCAAGGCGGCCUUGCUGCUUCCGCGGAGGGUUGGGAUUCGCAGCGUCCUGAGGGCUCCACAGCAGCAGCAGGAGCAGCAGCAGCGGCAGCGGCAACGGACUCGCCGCUGCAGUCGCUUCCUCUUUUGUUCUUGCGGUGUCUACAGAACGGCGCCGCGCUGAGGCCCAAAGAGAAAAACAAAAGAAAGCGGCUGAAUUCCAAUCUUUUAAGGCGAUUCCUUGGAAGUGUUGGAGUUGCAAAGGUCAAGAAAGGCCAAUGCUUGGCUCUGGAUGCACCGGAAGCAGCUGCAGCAACAGCUGAAGCAACACCAGCAGCAACAGCAGGACGCGGUGGAGGCCUUUCACAGAGCCCCAAGGCAGGCGGCAGCGCUGCUGGAGCAGACGAUGAACUGCUGCUGCAUGUACUUGGCGCUGACGGGGCAGCAGAAGGGACCCAUCCUAACACUAGCCGCAGCCCGGAUCCCCAGCUGCCGCAGCAACAGGGCCAGCAGCAACAGCAGAACGAUGUGCAUUAUCCGUUCUUUUUGUUCGAACGCACCCUGUUGGCCUUCCGCGUGGCCGACGCGUUUUUCAGGUUUUGUUCAUUGCUUCUGCAGCAGCAGCGGCAGCAGCAACAGCGUAGCAGCCUUUACGCUGAAGACGCAGCAUCAGCAGCAGCAGGAGGGGCGGCCAAGCCUCCGGACCCUUCGUUUGACAAGCCCUUCGUCAGUAGCUGUUGUUCGGCCUGCCUGCUGUUUUGUUGA